UGACGCUGCUUGGGUAAGGAGAGGAGAGGAGGAGAGAGGAGCUCCGUCGGCGGACCAGGGAGCGCGUGGAGAGGAAUCCCAGCAGCCCCCACCCCCCCUAGCCCCGGAGAGCGAGAGCCGGACCGGCUGGAUCCCCCUCCUCCCUCGCCCGCUCCCCCCCUGCGGAGGAGGACCCGAGAGAGACCCACGUUGCCACGGGAGAGGCCUCGGUUCAGGGCUGCAGCAUGUUCACUUCAGUGAAGGCCUUCGAGGGGCAGCAGUACUCCACCCUGAAGAGGCAGUGCUUGCAGAGUGGCCUGCUCUUCGAGGACCCCCGCUUCCCCGCCACAGACGACUCGCUCUUUUACCAGGGUAACAGGAUCGGACGUGUCGUCUGGAAGAGGCCUCGGGAGCUGUGUGAGGACCCUCACCUGUUUGUAGAUGGCAUCAGUGCACACGAUCUACAUCAGGGACAGCUGGGUAACUGCUGGUUUGUCGCAGCGUGUUCCAGCCUGGCCUCCCGAGAGUCUUUGUGGCAAAAGGUCAUUCCAGACUGGAAGGAGCAGGAGUGGGAUACAGAAAAACCAGACUCCUACGCUGGGAUUUUCCACUUUCGCUUCUGGCGCUUCGGGGAGUGGGUGGACGUGGUGAUUGAUGACCGGCUACCGACGGUGGACAACCAGCUGGUCUACUGCCACUCCAACGACAGCAACGAGUUCUGGAGCGCCCUGGUGGAGAAAGCCUAUGCCAAGGUUUACGGCUGCUACGAGGCUUUGGAUGGGGGGAACACGGCUGACGCACUGGUGGACUUCACGGGUGGUGUUUCUGAGCCCGUGGACCUGCUGGAGGGUCAGAUGGCCACAGACGAGGCGGCCCGUAACCAGCUGUUUGAACGCGUGCUCAAAGUCCACAACAGAGACGGCCUCAUCAGCUGCUCCAUCAGGGCGACCACAAUAGAAGACAUGGAGGCGCGGCUGGACUGCGGUUUGGUCAAAGGCCACGCCUACGCCGUGACAGAUGUACGGAAGGUGCGGCUAGGUCACGGACUGCUGGCCUUCUUCAAGUCGGAGAAGCUGCACAUGAUCCGCAUGAGGAACCCUUGGGGGGAGAAGGAGUGGAGUGGCCCUUGGAGUGACAGUUCGGAGGAGUGGAACAAGGUGAGCAAGAGUGAGAGAGAAAAGCUGGGCGUCACCGUACAGGACGACGGCGAGUUCUGGAUGACAUUUGAUGACUUCUGCCAGUACUUCACUGACCUGAUCCUGUGCCGCCUCAUCAACACCUCCUACCUGAGCAUCCACAAGACCUGGGAGGAGGAGGUGAUGAGGGGCUCCUGGGUCCACCGGCAGGAUCCCCUACGCAACCGAUCCGGAGGCUGCAUCAAUCACAAAGCCACCUUCCUGCAGAACCCUCAGUAUGUGUUUGAUGUGAAGAAGGUGGAGGAUGAGGUGCUGAUCUGCUUACAGCAAAAAGAGAAGAGAGCCACACCAAAAGAGGGCAAAUCAGAAAAUCUCGCAAUAGGCUUCGAUAUCCACAGGGUGGAGCUAAAUCGGAAGUACCGUAUGCACACAGCCCAGCAGAAAGUAGCAGGUUCCAUCUACAUCAACUCACGCUGCGUCUUCCUCAGGAAGGAGCUGAAAGAGGGCCGCUACGUCAUCAUUCCCACAACCUUUGACCCCGGGCAGCAGGGUGACUUCCUGCUCCGUGUCUUCACUGAUGUGCCUUCAGACUGCAAAGAGCUGACCCUGGACGAGCCUCCUCAGACAUGUUGGACGGGGAUGUGUGGCUACCCUCAGCUGGUCACUCAGGUCCAUGUACUGAACGCUGAGGGUCUGCAGGGACAGGACUCCAAUGGAGAGCUGCACUGCCUCAAUCCCAAAAAGAGAGCGAGAGCCCAGAGCAAAGCACGAGCUGUAGAUCCCUACGUCAUCAUCACCUGUGAAGGAGAGAGGGUUCGUUCACCAGUUCAUAAGGACACACGGUGCCCAAACUUUGACAUCAAAGGCCUGUUCUACCGCAAGAAGCCCAAGGAGGGCAUCCACAUCGAGAUCUACAACAAGAACAUGAUCGUGGACACCUUCCUGGGUCAGGUGAUCUUGUUCAGCGACCCCAACGAGCGCCAGGAGCAGCACACGCUUCACCUGCGCGACAAAGGCAGCCGCCAGGACAACGACCUCCCGGGCACGCUCACUGUGCGCCUCAUCACGUCCACCACGCUCACCAACAUCUGAAGCGGCAGUUUAUACGAUUGCAAUGAUCGAAGCUCAAGGUGGCGUACGAACCGUGCCCGCCGUUCACCUUCGCCGUUCAUCUUUUAACCGUCGCGGGAGCUCACUGUGUCUUUUUUUUCCUGCCGCUUGCGCUCUCUGUGUGUCUCUGUUUUCCUUUGCUUCCUUUAGCUUCACAGGGUUUUAUUUUUGAAGGCCUGCAUCUGUAUAUCCUGAUGGAAGCUGUACAGGGGGUUGUACAGACUAUUUUUAAAUACAUUCCUGUCAAAAUUGUUUAUCAGUCACAAAUUUGUUCUUAAAGUAGCAGAAAUCUCUAUCAGAGCAACAGUUUAAGAAACUGAUGAAGUUUUAUCAGAUUUUUUUGCUGUUCUGACCCUUAAUUACAGACUUGUUUUUAUUUCUUCUUAUACUCACACACACACACACACAUAUACAUGAAUAUAAUACAUAUGCAGACAUCUCUGCACUCUCCAUGCAUGUGCCACUGUUUCCAAGGGCUAUGCAUUGCCUUAAGGCUGAGUUUGUCUCACCUCUUUGAGGAGACGAGGGGAGGUGGGUUAUGUUGAAUACUAUUUAUCUUAGCACAGCCUUGGUUUAGUUUUUUCUUUGUCUCUAAAAGUUUGCAUUAAGCCCUGCUUUUUGCCAUCGUGUUAUCAGCUUCUGUCUCCCAAAUGCUCUUUUAUGACUGUGAAUAAUCCUCCCGCCCAGCCAGCCAGCCCAACCACCCAGACACCUCAAGUCUUCAGCAGUUUGCCGGUGCUUUGGAGAGCAUGCAG